CUCUCAAUUACAUUUAUUUCUCGUCACAAUUAAAAAAAAAACAGUACACUUACAAACUACUGUAGCUUAGAAAAUGAAAAAAAUAUAUUUGUUUAUUUUACUAACAGUAUUUUUUUCAAAUCAUCAAAUUACAGAAUUUAGGUGUAUUAACACAAUUUAAUUUCCCUACAAGAACCCUGAAAUUCAUUUUUGAUGCAAAAAUGUUCAAACCUACAUACAUUCACAAUUAAUUUACAAUCUUCUUCAUAGUCUAAUAUUGAGUAUGGUUUGUACAGUUUCAAUACUGAUUCACAUAAUACAUUAUUAAUAACGUAACAUUUAUUUAUUAAAAUAAUAAAUUUUUCGUCCUCAAAAUUUAAGCAUUCUAAAAUGUACACGCCAUAUUUGAACGUUACAUCUUUAACUCUGAAAGCAGUGUAUUCUUCUUUCGGAAUGACAAAAUUUGAAUUUUCAGCCAGAUACUUCUCGUGUUGCCACAGUGAAAUUUUAGCAUUCUGUUUUUUCAACAAAUCAGUAAGACGGUAAGCUAGGCCUCCUUUUUUGUAUCUAACUUUUUUCCUUCUGUCAUUAUCAAAGGUAGAGUCUGGAGACGUUGUGGCCGAUAUUUCUUUUUUUAUUUCCUUUGAGGGUACUUCAUUUUGCGAUUUGCAUGACAGAAUUUCAACUUCACUCAUGGAGCUGGUGUCUGUGGUGUCAUGAAUAGAAUGUUCGGAGGUAGAUUGUGAACAAAAAUUUCUGUCAAAGAAUGUACUAACCUUUUUUGUUAAAUCUAAUUUAGCUUUCGAUGUGCCAUCAUUUGAACUGUUUUCACAAUUUUCCUCUUUUACAAUGUCAUUGGAACAUCCUAUUUCUAAUUUAAUCUUGUCUGUAUUGAUUCGAUUUUGAUUUGGAUUGAUAUUAUUGCAAUUAUUAUUUAGGGUUAUUUUUGUCUUCUCAUUUAUUUUAUUUAUUUGUUUUGGAUCAAUGCUGAAUAAUUUCUUUUUAACUUUCAUUGUAGACUUUGGUGAUAGCUUCGGUAGGAGAAUGGGGCUGUUCAAAAUACUCCUGGUAGUUAAAAUUGGCGAAUUAUCAUCGUUUUUCUGUGUCAAAAUGGGACUUUUACUGAUUCUAGUCUUUUUACACAAAAUAGGUGAUUUCUCAAUAUUUUUCGCUCUUUUUUGGUCUUCUGUACAGUCAAUUAUCGUAAUAUCUAAAUUGGAAAGGUUAUUAAGAGAUUUUUUCUUAAGUUUUCUCUUUCUUCGAACACUGUUGGUGUUUUUGCAAACACUCUUGUUGUAAUCUAGGUUUUCGUAAUCACUCAGCGAGCUGGACGACCAAGUAAUCUCUUCACUGCAUUCUUGUGAAUUUAAUAGGCGAAAUUUGUCUAAAAACACAUUUUCUUUUUGUGUUUUCAUGUUUAGUGUUUACUUUACUGCUAUUGUUUUGAUAUUUCUCGAAUCCAAAUCAACAUUAGACAUUUGACAUUUUUGACGUCAAAUAUUUUAAAUGUGGUACCGGUUUUUCUUUUUUUUUUCUUUGGUGAUUGGCUUCUUGUAAUGCCAUUGCUAGCGGGAUCGAAUAGAUUUAUUUUUCAAUUAUUCUAAAAUUUAAUAAACAUACGUGUACUAAAAUUAAAAAAGCGUAACGUAUUAAAAAAAAUUUAAUUACUUUUUAAGUGGAAUGAAAAUUGAAUGUACAAAUGGAUUGAGACAAAAUGAAAUAAUACCUCGGCCAAAUAAGAAUUUACUAAAACUUAAGUGGAAGAACCCAAGAAGCCACGUACUUGGUUUCAUUUUUCCAAAUUUGAGCACUUUUAGAUAUAGUAAAAAUCAACAAGACAACAAUACUGAUAAUUUAAACCCGAAGAAACUAAAUUCUCAAAAAUAAAUAAUUCGAAUAAAUUCAAAUUGCUGAUAUAAAGUCAUGGUAGCUUUCAGGAUACUACAGUUUUAUAUUGUCAGUAAGUUAUUAAAAGAUUCCACAUUUGGUAUAAUUUUUUUGAUUUUUCAUCCAUUUUCUUAGGUAAUCUUCCUAAUUUCGUAAUGAUUUUACGGUUUUAAGGGUGGUUUCCUAUGAUAUAUAUAUUUGAAGAAAAAAACCUAAAUCGUAUUGAUCAAUACCAAAAUAUAAUGUAAACUAUGUAUUUCUUUUAAAAAAAAAUGGUUUUCCCAAUCUCACACAAUUCGGAUCGAGUUAGUUUCGAACACUUAUAGUUGUAACAAAAAAGUUGACAUUGCAUAGUUGGCAAUGCUGCUACCGCCAUGUUAUUCUGCUAAGUUCACAUUGGUGUGCUCUCAAAACAAAUAGUCUGCUCGCGUCGUGCGAUUCUUUGUUUAUCACAAAAAAAAAAAUUCAUCACACGAAAGUCUUCAUUGAACGGCAUAACCGCGUGCACAGUUUUUGUUUAACUGUAUUAAAGUCCAUAUUUCACAAGAUAAAUCGUACCGUCGCCGCAAUGGAAGUCGAUCGCAUCGCUUCCGACUCUGAAAACGUGGCGAUGGACGAAAAGCCGGUCGUAGAACAGGGCGCCGGAGACGCUGCGACGUCCAAUCCCGAGCGAUUACGUCGCAAGAACAAGAAAUACGCUCGUUCUAACAGCAAGGACGGGCCGAGCGCUGUGACGCCGCUCCCGAAAUAUCGUAGCUGGAAGAACAGCCGAAGACCACGCAAUGGCCACGGCAGGGGGUUACCGAAGAAAGGUGGGGCGGGAGGCAAAGGCGUGUGGGGUCUGCCCGGAUCUGAGAUGCUCGAGGAGUACGUGGAGGACCAGAACGAUCCGAACUACGAUUCGGAGGCGGUCACCAACGGCGACAUCGAAUUCAAGCAGGUCAUAGUCGAAGCGGAGCCCGAGGAUAUUAUCCGUAAAUCCGAGCCUGUGAUAUUAGAGUAUUUUGAGCAUGGAGACACGAACGCGGCCGCCGAGGAGUUCCUAGACUUUGUGACGGCGGCGAGGAGUCAUCUGGUGUGCGAGACAAUUGUGGAGAUAGCGUUGGAUCACAAGGCGAUGCACUGCGAAAUGGCCUCGGUCCUCAUAUCCGAUCUGUAUGGAAGAGUUUUUUCAGCCAAAGACAUCGGCUACGCGUUCGAGCGUCUGCUGGAGAAGCUGCCGGACCUGGUGCUGGACACGCCGGACGCGGCGCUGCUGCUGUCCAACUUCAUAGCGCGCUGCGUGGCCGACGACUGCCUGCCGCCGCGCUUCGUGCAGGCGCAGGCCGCCGCCGCGCUCUCCGCGCCCGCCAGACAAGCUAUACACAGAGCUGAGACUCUACUGUCUAUGAAGCAAGGGCUAGUGAGGCUGGACAACAUAUGGGGCGUCGGCGGAGGUAUCAGGCCGGUCAAGUCUCUCAUCCGUCAGAUCCAGUUGCUGCUGAAGGAGUACCUGACUUCGGGCGAGCUCGCGGAGGCGAUGCGCUGCGUGCGGGAGUUGGAGGUUCCUCACUUCCACCACGAGCUGGUCUACGAGACAAUACUCCUGGCUUUGGAGACCAUAAAUUCUGGUGUUGAAGAACAGCUUUGCACGUUUCUUGCUGAAUUGCGGAGGUGCUGUAUAGUCACGCCCGACCAAAUGGACAGGGGCUUCAUCCGCGUGCUCGAGGAUAUGAAUGAUAUCGUCCUGGACGUGCCUCUCGCUUACAUCAUGCUGGACAGGUUCUUGGAGCGGUGCCAGACGAGGUUCAGGCUCGGGGACAACGUGCUGAAGCGUGUGCCGACGAGAGGUCGCAAGCGCUUCGUGUCCGAAGGAGACGGGGGCGCCAUCAAGGAUCACGCGCUGAAGCUGCGCGAGUGAAUGCGAGGACGCCUGCCGACACACAGACACCGGACACCCCUGGAGGCGCCGCCCCCCCCGCCCCCUGCCCCCGCCGCCGCCCCCCGGGACCGCACGGUUGCGAGAGUGCCUUACGACGCGCGGGCGCGGUGACGUCACAGCGGCUACAUACAGCGUGUGUUUUUUUUGGUUUCUCUAACGGACAAUAAAUUACACAGUGUCGGAGUUUAUUUGUGAGACGAUAGUGAUCGUCACUAUCCGUGUAUCAAUCGCGUUGUAAAGUUGUAAUGGAUAGUGCGACACAGGGUGUUUCGGGACGACGCGCGGGCUCGGUGACGUCACAACGGCUACAUACAGCGUGUGUUUUUUUCUUUUUGUUUUAAUUGACAAUAAAAUUAAUUGUCACUGACUUUGUUUGUGAGACAAUGCUUCAUCUGAAUCUACUAUCUGUGUAAGAAUCGCGAUGUAAAGUUGAAGCAGGUUAUAUUAUACAGGAUGCGCAGGGAAUUUUGGUCUGAAGGUAGACGCCUGAACUUCACAAGUGGAUUCGGUUGGAAUUUAGCAGAGGUCGCGUCAGUCUGAUGUCCACGGGCCGCUGUAGUGAUGGCGCGCCGGGCUCGCUCGUCCGAACUGCGUAUCGAUAAAAGACAAAAAGAAAAAAAUGAUAACCAUUGAGCAAUAAUUUUUUAAUAAUCAAAACUAGAUCCGAUCUUCUGUCCGUAUUAGUCUUGUAAUGGCAUUUGAGUAUAUAAUAAUAUCGACGCCUCAAAGGCAAAUGUGACUAAGCGACAAUGCGUGAACUUUACACUGUAGACUAAUUUAAUUAAUUAAUUAAAUUAACUAAAAAUAAUUUAAUUAUAAAAAUUUAACCUUGAAAUUAAUAUAAAAAAUACCUGAAAAAAAUUAUAUCUUAACGAAUCUAGCUGUAGGAUUGAAAUGAUUUUAAUAGACCUAGAAAUAUAUAUAUUUUUUUUGCGCAUCGAAUAUGGUUAUUGCCUAUCAUUUAUGUACAAAGCAGUUAUUGUCGCUUAGUCACGUUUGCCUUUCAAGCGUCGAUAUGCAUAUAUAUAUAUAUAUAUAUAUAUAUAUCAAGGGCUGAAAAGCUAUUUGUUUUAAGCGAAAUUUUUGUAACAUUACAGAAGAGAGCAAUUUAAAGAUUAAAAUUUUGGGAAAAAAAUAAAAAAAAUUUUUUUUUUGUUUAUUUGAAUAGAGUAAACUUAAUUGAAGUUCAAUUAAAAACAUCGAACUGUUGAUGAUAAAAUCUAUACAUAUAAAUAAAAUUGGAGUGUCUGUUUGUAUUAUUGAAAUAACCGCUUUUUACUAAAUGCAUAUACGGUACAUACACCAAAAUAACAUUUUUUACAAUUUUUGUCUGUCUGUCUGUCUGUCUGUCUGUUUGUUUGUUCCGACUAAUCUCUGGAACGACUGGACCGAUUUUGACGAGACUUUCACUGAUAGGUAGCUGAUGAUAUAAGGAGUAAUUUAGGCUACUUUUUUUUAGACUAGCUUCGCCCCGCGGCUUCACUCGCGCUACGACAAUAACGCGGGUAGCAUCGCGGGACUCAGCUAUCAAUAAUAAAAUUUAAUGUUUCCGAAGCGAAGCGAGGGCGGGUCGCUAAUAUCAAAUAAAGCGGACAUUUAAUUACAAAGAUUAAAUAUCGCUUAAAACCAAUAGCCUUUUCGUCCUUUGAUAUAUAAAAUGUGUUAUUUAAAAAAAAAUAUAUUUAUGUAUAUGUUUAAGUGAUGCGCGUGUUUUGUUUGGAUACGAAUGUGUGAAUGUUUAUAUUAAAUGUUGACAGUUGAGAGUUUAAGGGUAGGAUAGAGUAAGUAAGGGUCGGGUCACACUGGCAGCGAUUGUCGUCUCAAACCGCUCACGCUACGUUCGGGUCGCGACCUUGUACGCUGCGUGUUGAGUCCCCACUCGUGUGGCUUCCGCAGACUUCAGGGUCGGCUUAACGUCGGUUGAAAUGUGAGCUUGAGUGUCCAACGAUAAUCCCGGUAAUGCGAAGAUAGGUCUCGAAGCGAAAUGAAUAUGACCCCCCCCUUUCCCCGCUAGAACUCGGCGGAUCCCGGGAAACCACCACCCGGAAUGGAUGCACUUAUAAAACUUGAGGCAUUGCAGCAUAUUGAGUAUAUGCAGGGUGUCCAAGAAAGUAUGGAUAAUUCUGAAACACCUUAUAGUAGAGCUAUUGGGGACACACAAAAAAAAUGGUUUCAGGAAAACAAAAAAUCGCUAAUCCUGAUUAUCCUAGUAAGGAUAACGGAUCAAACUGUUUAAAAUAUUGUAUUGUCAUCAGUCCUUAAUAAGUAUGCCAAAUUCCGAGUUAAUCCGAUGUUUUGAAGGGGGUCAAAAUCAUGUUCAAAGAUUCCGUUACAUACUAACAUACAUACGUCUGAAGCUAAUAAAAGCGUAUUAAAAAUUAUUCAAAUUCAAUGAACAUCGUUUUUGACUAUGACGUAAUUACUAUACGCUUAUUUUGUAUUGUACGUCCCACUAAUUCGGUAAUUAAGUUCAGAUUCGGUUUAGCUUCCCUUCGUUUGCCGCUAGGGGCGCUGUUCUAACUCUAUACAAAUUUGAGUUAACUUUUACGCUAUCGAGAACGUUAAAAAACUCACAAUAAGCACACUGGGACGUUAUACGUAAACUCCUUGACGUACUUGGGACCUUAGAACUUGUAUCUCAAGGUGGGUGGCGCAUUUACGUUGUAGAUGUCCAUGGGCUCCAGUAACCAGUUAACACCAGUUGGGCUGUGAGCUCGUCCACCCAUCUAAGCAAUAAAAAAAAAACGCCCACGUCGCGUAUGCCCGACGAAGUGAUGAUAAUUAGUUUUGUUUUUGUUUUGAUAUCAAUCAAACAAAUUCGAGAUUCGUUGAAUUGUAUUAUUAUAUAAAAAUGUGUGUUAGACUUAAAAAAAAAUUUUUAUUGCUUUGGUGGGUGGACGAGCUCACAGCCCACCUGGUGUUAAGUGGUUAAUGAAGCCCAUAGACAUCUACAGUGUAAAUGCGCCACCCACCUUGAGAUAUCAGUUCUAAGGUCUCAGUAUAGUUGAAUAUGCAAUUUCCAAAAAGGCACAUCUCUGAAAAUGUGAAAUGUUCAGGAAAUGAAAAAAAGCAUGAUUAUUUUCUAAAGCAUGUUUGAAAUUUAAAAUAUUAACUUUUGAGAUAUAUUUUAGUGUUAAUUAGCAAUUGAAAAUUACUGGAAUUAUUAUAAAAUGGGUGUAGGUAUAAACCUCAAAACUACAUGUAUAUGAAAAAACGUAUUUGACAAAGUAUGCGACAUGUGCCCUUUUCCAAAUUGCAUAUUCAGUAACAACGGCUGCCCCGCCCUUCAAACCGAAUCGCAUUACUGCUUCACGGCAGAAAUAGGCAGGGUGGGGGUACCUACCCGUGCGGACUUACAAGAGGUCCUACCACCAGUACCUACUUUUACGGAUUUAAUUUGGCGUUUUUUUUUUUUAAAUGGCAUUAUCAUUGUUUAUGACGCUUCGAGAAUGCUUGCGAAUGAAUGUUGCGACUCGGUGUGUCUGAUGUAUUUUAUGUCGUUUUACCCACCGGGAUGGGACGAUCCCGUAAUCCCCCGGGAUCAUAAUAUAUGCGAUAAUAAUGACGUUUUUUUUUUUCAUUCUUUAACUUUUUUUUAUAUUUUUCCGCUUACGUUGUGGUGUCUGUGUGUUAAUUUCUUUCCUUAUAUAAAAGUAUUGUAAACAAAACAAAAAAAAAAUUAUAUAAAUAAUAAAAAUA